AUGCCCACAACGCGCACUCUACUCAGCAAGCGCUGGUUCCGCAGCCGCCGGACCGAAGAGCCCGAGGAUGGCCCGCGCUCCCUUCAGACCAUGGACCGCAGGCCCCGCGUCGCACGAGUCCUCAGCUCCCCCGCGAGGACGCAGACCACGCCCCUCGACGAGGAAUCCAUGGAACGAGCCUACCCCUCCAUGGGGCACCUGGAGUAUGUCCUGGCCGGUUCUUCCCCGCCCGCCGAGAGCGCCCCCAACAUGUACGACAGCUUCGAAGAACCCCCGCUGGACUUAACUGCGCAUAUAUGCGCCGACUCCAUACGUCAGAGCGCUUACGAACAGAUGCGAACCGUCGGUGGGCGAUUACGAUUACUCGAUGAGCUAGAAUCGAAUGUCAUAUCUAAGGAGACGGCUAUUAACACUUUCACUACUGCUUCGGAGGCUGAGAGGAAUGUCUGUUUGUUUUGGAGUUCAUUUCUGAAAUUAGACCACUUCUUGCCGGCUUUGCUCGAGGCGGGCGCUGACCCUUUAUACUUUGAUGCGCUUGGUUUGUCUCCGUUACAUGUGGCGGCUUUUAGCGGUUCAACGGAAUGCGCGAAUUACUUGCUAUCUUGCGGAGCUGAUCCUAAUUACAUGCCACGGUGUUUCGUGCCGCUUCACAGCGCUGCAUUCGGGAACUCUGUACAGGUCGCUAAUCUACUAAUUAGCCGUGGAGCGUCUGUUCAUGCGGCUGUAAAGUACGUUAACUGCGAAGGUGGACUGUUACAUUGCGCUGUUAGAGCUAACGCUGUUGAAUGUUUGAAAUUGUUUAUAUCGCAUGGCGUAGACGUCAACCAAAUCGAACCGGGAGGCACUAAUGCUAUCCAUCUAGCUGCCGACUUAGGAAUGAUCCAGUGUCUUACGAUACUUUUAGCGACACCGGGCGCUGAUCCAAAUGUAAGAACAAGGGUUGGAGAUAGAGAAUCUACCGCAUUACACCUAGCCGCAGACGGAGGUUUUGGAGAGUGCGUCGAUCUACUUCUCAGUAAAGGCGCUGACGCAACAUUAAAAAACCACAGAGGUUUUACCGCUUUACAUCUCGCAGCACGUUCAGCAAGCUUAGAAUGUGUAGAAUCCCUGUUAAGAAAAGGUAACGCGGAACCAAACUCUAUGGACUUCGAUAAAAGGACACCCCUCCAUGCUGCCAUCGGGAAAUGUGACAGCGCAUGCGAUAUCAUUGAAACGCUCAUCAGUUGGGGCGCCAAUGUAAACCAAAAAGACGAAUAUGGCUUCACGCCACUACAUCUCGCUGCACUCGACGGUCUAUCGGCAUGCGUCGAGACAUUAAUAUAUCACGGGGCCGAUGUAACGACGCGGUCUAAAAAAGGAAACUCGGCGCUUAAUGUAAUAGCGCGAAAGACGCCCGCGUCGCUUGCUAUGAUAACAAGGAAGUUAGAUUGCGCUAUCACGUUACACCACUCGCAGACGAGCAACAGAGAGGUCGAACUUGAACUAGACUUUCGCAGUAUACUACAACAUUGUUAUCCGAGGGAGAUAAGCUACCUGAAUACCUUUGUAGAUGAAGGGCAGAAAGAAGUAUUACUACAUCCCUUAUGCUCGGCUUUUUUAUACAUUAAAUGGGAAAAAAUACGUAAAUAUUACGUAGCGCGACUAUUUCUAAGCUUCAUAUUUGUUCUAUGUUUAACUUUGUACGUUUUAACAGCGCUCGCGCAUAAUUGCUAUAAUGGAAGUAAAGAUAUGGAGGAGACAAUUCAGGAACAAGAACUAUGUCAAAAACAAUCUAUACUCGGGGAUUUGCUUAGAAAAAAUCCUUUUGUUAUCGAAAUGCAAUGGUGGGUACUAGCUGGAAUAACAAUAUUCGAAAUAUUCAGAAAAGUUUAUGGCAUAGCCGGCUACUCGACCGUGAAACAAUAUUUGAUGCAAUCAGAAAAUAUAAUAGAAUGGUUUGUCAUUGUGAGUGUGUUUUUGAUAUCGUAUAUUUAUACAAACAUUACCUACACUUGGCAAAACCAUGUCGGAGCGUUCGCAGUCCUGGCUGGAUGGACGAAUCUCAUGAUGAUGAUCGGUCAGCUGCCAGUGUUUGGUACCUACGUCGCUAUGUAUCAGAAGGUGCAAAAAGAAUUUGCAAAACUUUUAAUGGCUUAUUCUUGCAUAUUAAUCGGAUUCACUAUAAGUUUUUGUGUCAUAUUUCCCGACUCCUCGUCUUUCGCUAAUCCUUUCAUGGGCUUCAUAACAGUACUGACAAUGAUGAUCGGCGAACUCAACCUAGAUCUCCUUUUAAAUGAACCGGAUGGCAACGAUCCGCCGGUGCUAUUGGAGUUUUCAGCUCAGAUUACGUAUGUUCUAUUUCUAAUGUUCGUGACGGUCGUGCUUAUGAAUUUACUGGUCGGUAUAGCAGUUCAUGACAUUCAGGGAUUGAGAAAAACAGCCGGUUUGUCGAAAUUAGUACGACAAACGAAACUUAUUUCUUACAUGGAAUUAGCAUUAUUCAAUGGCUAUCUACCUAAGUGUCUUUUAAAAAUACUGCACUCGUCAGCACUUGUCUCUCCGCAAGCAUAUAGAGUUGUAUUGAGCGUUAAACCGUUAAAUCCGAGCGAGAAGCGACUCCCGAGAGAUAUUAUGAUGGCGGCGUAUGAUAUUGCUAAAAUGAGAAAACAAUACGGACAUACGAUUUCAUCCAAUGGAUCGACAACGGGAGCUUAUUCUUGUUUUAAGAAGUACGAAAACAACAAUGAUUCUGGUUACCGAGAAUACGGUUACUCAUCUGGAUUAGGAAGUAUUCAGGCUAGAUUGGAUGAAACAUCUGAAAGUGUACGUCAGCUUACGCAAGAGGUAAAAGAGUUGAAAAAGCUAAUAAAUGCCCAACAACUUGUAAUUCAACAAGCCCUGGCCAGCGCGGUGGACAACCGUUGA